GGCCUGAGUGCGCUACCGCGGGAGCAGCAACCAGAGGAGCGGGUUCCUAGCAGCCCGGCCUCUGCUCCAGAUCUACCUGAGGAGACACCUCCUGAGUGGCCACUGGCCAGUCCUUGCCCCAGGAUGGGCACCAUGUUCGGAGCAGCCUUGGUCUUGGCCUGUUUGGCUGUUCCUUCUCUAGCCUCUGAAGGAGGCUUCAAACCUUCAAGUCAGAGGGAGUUGGGGCCCCAGUACCUUCAAGAAGUUGGCUAUGCAGCACCCCCUUCCCCACCCCUGACACGAGCCCGCCCCAGGGAUCACCCUGAAAUCUCUCUGUAUGACCCUGACUUUGAGGGACAGAGUGAAGUGCAGCCCUUUUCCUCCUUUGACCAAGAGGAGCAGCUGUUCUCUCCCCAGCUCCUUGUGAGGAGUGGAUCCCUCGCUCUCUUGGGAAGCCAGGCAGAGGAUCCCACUGGCCCCGGGAAAGUCGUCCCUGUCCAGGAAGAAGUGCCCCCUCCCCAGGCCCCUAUUGAACAGAAGGAAAUGGACGCACCACCGUUACCAGCACAGGAGGAGAAGAACAGCCCGCCUAAGCAGGGAGAGGCUACUCAGCCUGAAGGUAAGAGCCACAAAUUCCUUUCUUUCUCCUCCCUCAAAUCCUCUCAAUCCUUUCUCCUCAACCCCAAGUUCUUCCAAUCCUCCCAACUCAUCCAGCCUUUCUCUGCCCCUCCACGCGAUCCGCCUGCCCACUUGGUUUUCCCGACUUUAGAAAAGCCAGCUCCCAUCUCGAAGCACAGUCCAGGCCAGCACUGCCAACCAGGCCAACCCCAAAGGUGCUGGGGCCAGCGGCUGGAUGGCUUCCCUCCUGGGCGGCCUUCUCCAGACAACCUAGACCAGAUCUGCCUUCCUACUCGUCAACACGUGGUGUAUGGCCCUUGGGACCUGCCACAGUCUGGCUACUCCCACCUUAGUCGCCAGGGUGAGACCCUCAAUAUGCUGGAGACUGGAUAUUCCCGCUGCUGCCGCUGCCACUACUAUGCAAAGCGCAUGGAUUGUGCAAAACUUGUGUGGGAGAACGCAAUGAACCAGUACUGUGAGGCCGAGUUUUCGGUCAAGACCCGAGCCCACUGGUGCUGCAAACAGCAGGGGGAGGCUCGGUUCUCCUGCUUCGAGGAGGAAGCUCCCCGGCCACACUACCAGCUCCAGGCCCGGCCCAGCCCCCAGCCUGUUAUAUCCAUGGGCCUUGAGCUGCCUUUCCCCCCGGGGGUGCCUACACUGGACAAUAUCAAGAACAUCUGCCAUGCAAGACGCUUCCGCUCGGUGCCACGCAACCUCCCACCUACUGACCGCCUCCAAAGGCAGCUGCAGGCUCUGGCCCGGCUGGAGGGGGAGCUCCAGCGCUGCUGCCGGCGGGGGAAUAACCACACCUGUGCAUGGAAGGCUUGGGAGGAUUCCCUUGAUGGAUACUGUGAGCGAGAACUGGCUAUAAAGACCCACCACCACUCCUGUUGCCGGUACCCUCCUAGUCCUCAGCGCGAUGAAUGCUUUGCCCAAAAGGCUCCCUACCCCAACUAUGACCGGGAUCUCUUGACCAUUGACCUCAGCCGAGUCACCCCCAACCUCAUGGACUAUCUCUGUGGAAACCAAAGAGUUAUCUCCAAGCAUAAACAGAUUCCUGGGCUCAUCCGAAACAUGACUGCCCGCUGCUGUGACCUGCCCCUUCCAGAGCAAGCCUGCUGUGCCGAGGAGGAGAAAACAUCUUUCAUCAGCGAACUGUGUGGUCCCCAACGUAACUUCUGGCGAGACCCUGCCUUCUGCUGUAGAAUGGAUCCUGGGGACGAACAGGCCAACUGCUUCAACAUUAAUUACCUGAAGAAUGUGGCUCUAGUGGCUGGGGACUCGGGGGAUGCCAAGGGCCAGGGGAAACACGACCCAACUCAGGAAACAAAUACCAGCCCCCCCUCUGAGCCCCAGGAAAAGUGAGUCACCCCAGAGCCUUGAAGGAUCAGAUUGGGUGAACCCCACCCCACCCCGCCCUCCUUGACUACACAUUGCAGUAAACACCUCGGGAUUUGGUGUCCUCAUUGUCUCACAUACAAACACACCCUCCUAAGCCUGGCUGCUGGCGUUUUCUUCAGUGACUGAACCCUGAGGACCACUGCCCUGCCCUCACGGAGCAGAAGUCAUCCCACGGGCUGUGAUGGAACCAUAAAUAAAUGGCUUAACUUCA